AUGGUCAUGGGGGUAACCCCUUUCCACCACUCGAUCCUUGGAGUACGGCUACCAAAGCACUUUGACAAGCUGACAGGUAUGAGGUACGACGGUACCCAUGAUCCCCAAGAGCAUCUAACGGCCUUCGAGGCCAUGAUGAACCUGGAAAGGGUAGGCGACGAAGUGAGAUGCCGGGAUUUCCCAGUAACCUUAGCUGGUCCGGCGAUUCGUUGGUUUAAUGUCCUCUCCCAGGGCUCCAUAACCACGUUUGCCGACAUCAGUCGUUCUUUCUUGACCCAGUUCACCACGUGCAUCGCCAAAGCAAAACACCCGAUUAACCUGCUAGGGGUGACGCAGCAAAACGGCGAGCCGACCAGAAAAUACCUGGACAGGUUCAACGAUGAGUGCCUUGAGAUAGACGGCUUAACCGAUUCGGUGGCCAGCUUAUGCUUGACAAACGGCUUGUUAAAUGAGGAUUUCUGA